AACAACAACAGCAACUUAAACAGCAACAACAACAACAUCAGCGAUAGCAAAAUGCCGGCAUCAAUUGGAUUAUAUCGCAUCAAGCACGGGCGUGUACUUGGCAGUGUGCAAAAAAAGUCGGCACUUAUUUUUAUAGCAUAUAUUGCGGCAUGCAGCACUUGUGGCUAUAUGGCAGCGGCAGAGGCAGCAACAACAAUGAGGCCAACAGCAACGCACAGUGCGACGUCGAGGAGCCCAAGUGAGGAAUUACAGCGCCAUAUAAAUCAAAAUUUAAUUAUGUCGCCAGCGCUUGGCUCGAGCUUUGCCGCCGCAUCGGCGGCCGCACUGACAGCAUCACAGCAACGCAGUUCCUCCUCCUCUGCCUCUUCGUACUCAUCACCCCCUUCAGGCAGCAGCAUAAAAAGCUUCGACUCCAACAACUUGAUCGAUGACAAACGCCUGCCGCAGCCGCCACACGAACAGCAGCAGCAGCAGCAGCAGCAACAGCAACUGGAACAGCUCGAACAGCUUCAGCUGCAACAACAGCUGAAGCAGCAGCAACACUCACGAAUUCAGGCCAAAGAUACGGCAGGGCCAUAUCCAAUACCUGUGCACAGGAGCGAGCCCGUGGAGAAUCACUUAGAGGCGACACACGGCAUCGAUGGUGCAGAUAAUGUGUUCGGCACGCCCAUGUACUUCGGCACCGAGAACUCAACGGUGGUGACGACACAAAUUGGCGCCACCGCCCACGUUCCAUGCACCGUGCAUCACAUUGGCGAUGGUGUGGUAUCCUGGAUACGCAAAAAGGAUUAUCAUCUGCUUACGGUCGGCUUAACAACCUACAGCAGCGACGAGCGCUUCAGUGCGACGCACUUGAAACAUUCCGAGGAUUGGACAUUGCAAAUUAAAUUUGUGCAGCUGCGUGAUGCGGGCGUCUACGAGUGUCAAGUUUCCACGCAUCCACCCACAUCUAUAUUUUUGCACUUGAGUGUUGUCGAAGCGCGCGCCGAAAUAUCAGGACCGCCCAUACGUUAUCUGACGCCGGGUUCCACGCUGCGCCUGCAAUGCCGUGUUGUACAGAAUACGGAGGCAUCCGAGUACAUAUUCUGGUAUCACGACAAUCGUAUGAUUAAUUAUGACAUUGAUCGGGGCAUCAAUGUGUCAACCGAACCAGACUUUCAAUCAUCGGAGCUUACAAUUCAGCGCACCCGUCGGGAGCACUCGGGCAAUUUUACUUGUGUGGCCAGCAACACGCAGCCUGCCAGCGUUUUGGUACACAUUUUCAAAGGCGAUAAUCCAGCGGCUAUGUAUCACGGACAUGUGGGUGGCUCGACAAAGACGACGCAGCGCCAGCUGCAUAAUGUUAUGGUAAUCAUUGCCAUCGGCUAUCGGAUAUUUCACACAAGUGUCUACAUGAAGAUUGUCUAAGGGGCAAACACCAAUUAAUACAACGCAUUUGUAACUAAUUCAUCAAAGCAGUAAAAUUAUAAUUAAGUAAUGCGUAAGUAAAUUCCAUUUGCCUCUUCAAGCGAUCAUUCCAUAAGUAAGAAAACAUACUCGUAUAGUAAUCAUCGAUUGAACAGCUCUUAACUAACUAAGCUCCAAACUUACAAAUGUCAAAACAAAAUUCUCUUUUGAGCUGCAAGUGUGUGUAUCUACUUUCAUAUUAGUGUACG